AUAAAUUAGCUUUUACUUGCUGAUAUUGGCCAUAAUUAAACUAGGUAACCAGUGGAUAGUUAACUAGCUAGAACGCUAGCUAAAUCGUUACCCAUAGACAUAAUAUACGACCGUUACCAACCACCAACUGACGUCAGAGCUUAUGCUAACGUUUCUGAAGGCGCCGACGCAGCUCAAUCGAUCGCAGAGGGCAAUCGAUAACUUUAAAGCCUAUUGUAUGUUACUGUGCGCACGAUGAUGACGACAAGGCAGACAGCUGAUGGAGGACACACCAUUCUCAAACAAAAGACACCAGACGCUACUGGAGAAACUUUUUCUGAAAUAAACAUUACCCCAGUGACUCUCACCCUGGACCAGAGCAGUGCCAUAUGUCUGCCUGUUACUUCUGAAAAUCAGAGGCUAAUAUGGGUUUGCUCAAACCAGGUGGAACAGCACCUGAGUGGUGCAGUGGAGCUGAGAAAGGCCUUUGACCGAUUUCCCUAUCCGACACAGAAAGAGAUGACUGCACUGGCGCAGCGCUGCUCCCUGCACCCUGACCAGGUGAAAGUAUGGUUCAUGAUACAGAGGCUUCGCUUUGGCGUCAGCUGGGACUACACAGAUAUCCUGAAGGUUCGGAGGCAGCUUCAGUCAAAUCAGGGAAAGGAGAAGACAAUGGCUAAAGAGGGAAAAGCUGACAGUGGAGAGAAAACGACACAGAAAAGGAAAGCUAAGGAGUCAGGGGGAGGAAAGGUGAGGGGAGAGAUGAGGAAGGAACAAGGUUCAAGUGAAGAAGGAAUGAUUGGAGAAAAUGUGAGGGCUAGUGAGCAAAUGGAGAAAACAGCGACGCUGGAGCAACAAAUGAAGAAAGAAAAAGACACAAAAGUAGCAGGAGACAAAAAGAAAAAGCAGAAAUGGGUGAUUUUGCCAGGCAAUAUUGGGGAGAAGAGACAGAAACAAGAGGAUGGAGAUGAAGGGAUGCCCUGCCAGAGCUUUGACCAGCCUCUACUCACUGACAGCCAGAGCACACCCCUGAAGAGAACUGAUGCUGACCCAUCUCCCCCCCCAAAUAAUGACAUGACCCCUGAAAAUACAAAAACAGAGCCUAAGCUUGAUGGAGAACUGCAUGCAGAGUCAUCAAACCUUGAUGGUACUGUCACUGAUGUUGACAAACUUAAAGCACUUAUAAAUGGGAAUGGCAAGAAUGAUAGCGCAUGCACUAGCCCUGCUGGCUUCCGCUACUAUGCAAAGACAAAGUCUCAGGUGGCAAUGAUGAGGGUGGCUUUCUUGCACUGCCAAUAUCCAGACAGUGAAGACUACGAACAGCUGUCCACGCUGAUCGGCGUCCCCCGCUACUUGUUGGUCCAGUGGUUUGGAGACACACGUUAUCAUAUAAAGAGGGGAAGGCCGCGCUGGAUGAGUGCAGAGCAGCACAGCCAAGCAUUAGCCAACGUCAAGUACAGGCAGUGUCUCAGAAAGCUGGUGAAAGUGCUGCCAAUCAAACCCAGAGAGAGAAUAUUGUGGAGAGCGACGUUUGGUGAGCAAGAGCCUUAAGACUAAAAGGUGAUGCAGAAGUCUUGAUGACUUAAGAGUUGCAUUAUUGUUUUUUUCCUUUCAUCUUCAUGUUGACAACUAAGUUGGACACUUGUUUUGUUAUCUGUUUCAUGUGAAAUAUUUUUUUUAUUGUGGUUAUUGUGAUUUUAAGAGAGUUUGUUUUCAAGUUGUUCUUAUUGUCGUUCAAGUCAAAGACCUGUUUUUCAAACCAGAAUUAUUUUGUUGCAUGACCAUUGAAAACAUUGAAAAACAAAAAAACAAUUACAUAAAGCAGUGUUCCAGAUCAAAUAACACAAUUUUCAGUUGUUUUCUAUCACUUGUUGAUAGGUUUUACCUGUAUAAUACAAAAUAAACAAAAAUACAGUUCA